GCUUUCUCACCAACCAAUCAACCAAAACUUUGCUGUAAUUUCAUAUUUACCCAAAUCAUAUUGGUUGUUUAGAACUAACGAACACAGUGUUGAAGUGGGCAAGCGCUUCACACCCACUGGAUUCCUUCGUACAAUGAUUGCAUCAUCUUUGAGUGGUCUUUGAAUUCACACGUGUCUUUAGUGGAAUGUCAUCAGUCCCGGUUCUGACACGUGCCUGCGCCAUUACUGCGCCGUGAUGAAUCGGUUAGUUCUUCUGAAGUGAAAACCAUCGCCACAAGUAGUCUUGGGUUGACGCUCUGAUCGAGACCCGCCAUUACCCGUGAACUGCGAAGCCAUGCGUCCACGGUCCAGUCGGCGGGCCAAUCCGUGGCAAUUGGGCUUGGUGCUCUUGCUCUACGAGAUCUUGACCCAAGUGGGAUGGACCAACAUCCCUGUGGUCACGUUAGCUACUCUGCUCUGGCAGACCGCCUUAUUUCUGGGUUACGCCCCCACUUUCUUGCCCCACAUGUACACGGAUCCCAAUCGGGCGUGUCUACGGCCGGAUCGAGUCAUUUUCCACGGGGAGUGGCAUCGAUUGUGGAGUCAUGCCUUCCUCCACGCCUCAGACAUUCAUCUCUAUUACAACAUGCUCUCGUUCAUUUGGAAAGGACGGGAUUUGGAACGACGUUAUGGACCCGUUCAUUUCGCGUUUAUCCUGGUUAUUCUCACUUGUCUGUCCGGUCUGGUGCAUGUGGGUGUGGCCUGGGCGUGGGCUGAGUGUUUUGAUAGCCCGGGUCAGCUACGGCAAGCCAGUAUUGGCUUCUCGGGCGUGUUAUUUGCUCUGAAGGUUCUGGCUCAAGCGGGACCGAAUCAGAGUUCCAUUUUCAGUUUGGCAGCUUGGUCCGAGUUGUUCCUGAUACAAUUGUCAGUGCCCAAUGCUUCGUUUUUGGGGCACUUGUCCGGUAUUAUAGCCGGAUUGUUGUACGUGUAUGGCUCGAAAGGUUAUUAUUUCUUAACAUUGACGCCUCUCAAAGACUUGAGUGGAUCCCCGGCCACCGUGAUAUCAUCCCUGGCCUUGACGGCCACUCAUUUGAAUAUGUUCCAAAAACCUUGGAACAAAGUAAUGUUCUGGUCGAGCCGAUCCUCUUUAGUGUGUCUGAGCAGUGAUCACAUUUUUGCGACGUCUCCUCAAUGGAUUCGACUCAUUUCGGCCCCCGUGGAACAUCAAAGUGACUUCCAUUUCGUCAUCUGUCUCGUGUCCUUUCUUAUAAAAGGAUUUCAAUUGGAGAAGCGACGAGGUUUUGUCAAGUACAUCUUGACCAUGAUCACCAGUAUUUUGGGCACUAGUCUAGUGUUUGUCAUCUUGUCCAGAUUGGCCUAUGAACUUCAGAAUGAGCCGUUUUACAUGAAGGAAUGUGUUCAAGGCCUCUCGGGGGUGUUGUUUGCCUUAAAGAUCCUAUGCUUCUAUGAUGCCGUGUCUCUGUGGCAUCCUCUGGCCUUGUUUGAAGUGUUUGAAUUGCUCAUUUUGAUGGAAACCCGAUCGUUGCUCUUCCACGUUUCCGGAUUGCUUACGGGCUUGAUAUUUCUCUUGUGUGAGCCAGCCCGAUUUCCGGGACAAGGGAUUCGCCUCAAUGGAAGUCAUCCCCAACCUCCGCCACCAAAUCGACCCUCCCCGUGGACCAGAAGCUGGGGUUACGGGGACUAUGACCAAGGACCACCCGCCAAUCAUUUCGUGGACCAUGGCUAUGAAUCCAUCCCCAGAUAUCGAGAUACCUCCUAUUACAAUUCUGCCAGUCCGUCUCAAUUCAGUAGCGAAGGUCGAAGUUUCUCACGAAGUCCAUUAAGUGAAACUGAUGAGGAUUUGGAAGAUCGUAUACUAGAAGAAGCUUUAGCGGAAAGUAGGCGUUCCUACUUAGCAGAACAUGGACGCAGAAGUCAAACGCCUUCGCCGAGUGCUCCACCCUUUUCCGGGUUCAUCAUGCCCCAAUCUGAGGAACGUCAACCUGAUUCAACCACGGUUGAAGGUUGAGACAGUCCACCAAAAAUAACCCAAACAACCUGUGAUAUAAGAAAUGAACCCCUUUUCUGCGUAAUAAAAUAAUUCGUUUAAUUGUA